AUGUCAUUAUUUUCAAACAAGCUCCAGUUCAGUGACGGGAGCUUCAACCAUCCAUCUUGCAAUCUCUCUACUCCACGUCAACCCCUCAAACACCCCCUGACGCGACGAUACGAUACGAUACGAAUUAACGACAGCCGAAAACUUAGCUUCAAUAAACGAUCCCUCACUCGCAUCGUCCUCAGCUUCCUUUCGAUAAGACGGUCGCUGGUUGACGUCGAUUGUCCAACCUCGCAUCUACCUAUUCACUUUUACGAGGCCAUCAUGUCGUCUCCCUUCUCGAUAAACGGCGGUGCCUGUGUCGCCAUGGUCGGCAAGGACUGUGUCGCCAUCGCAUGCGAUCUUCGCCUUGGUCUUCAGGCCCUUACCGUUUCCAACGACUUUCCCAAGAUCUUCCAGUACGGCGACGUCUUCCUCGGUCUGACUGGCCUGGCUACCGAUGUGAACACCGUGAGCGACCUCUUCCGCUACAAGGUUAACAUGUACCGCCUGCGUGAGGAGCGCGAUAUCGCACCUCGUACAUUUGCCAACCUCGUCUCUUCGUCCCUCUACGAGCGCCGUUUCGGUCCUUACUUCGUGUCUCCCGUUGUCGCUGGCUUAGACCCCAAGACCGGCAAGCCUUUUAUCUGUGGCUUCGACAGUAUUGGCUGUAUUGAUUUUGCCAAGGACUUUAUUGUCUCUGGUACCGCUUCAGAGCAGCUCUUUGGCAUGUGCGAGGGUCUCUGGGAGCCCGAUCUGGAGCCCGAUGCCCUCUUUGAGACCAUCUCCCAGUCUUUGCUCAACGCCGUUGACCGUGAUGCUCUUUCCGGCUGGGGUGCUCAUGUUUACAUUAUCGAGAAGGACAAGGUUACCAAGCGAUUACUAAAGGGACGACAGGAUUAG